AUGGAGACUGGAACUCUGAUUGUUGGGAAAUUGUCGCCCUGGAUCCGGCCGGACUCGCCCCUGGAGCACGUCAGGAAAAAUUCCACUGAGGCCCUGUGCCAGGAGCUGGAUUUUGGGGCUUACCUGGGCCUGGCCGCUCACCUGCUGCCCCUCAGGGGCCCCCACAACCCCAACCUGGCCCGGGGGCUGAGUGCCCACCUGCACAGCGGCCACCACGCCACGCAGGUACUGGUUUGUACUGGUUUGUACUGGUUUAUACUGGGAGGGGGAAAAACGGGGAAAAUCGGUGAAAAAAUGGUGAAAAUUGAGCGAAAAAUGGGGGAAAUAUGGGGGUAA